GCUGCACGGCGUCGGCUUCGGCCUGUACAUGAACAGCACGUGCGGCCUCGACGGCAAGCCCUGCCACGGAGAGGACCCGCACGACCCGGACUCGGGGUCCGCCAUCUCCACGCCCGACGUCGCCAUGGCGGGCGUCGCGCGGCACCAGGACCGCUUCUUCAGCCAGACGGUCUUCUACGAGCAGGCGGCCAACGGCAGCCUCCCGGCGGUCUCGUGGAUUCUCCCGCCGAUGCAGGCGUGCGACCACCCGUGCCACGACGUAGCCAAGGGCGAGCGGCUCCUGAAGGACGUGUACGAGGCCCUGCGGGCAGGCCCGGGCUGGGAGCACACCAUGCUGUUCGUGGCGUACGACGACGCCGGUGGCUACUACGACCACGUCGUCCCUCCCCACGAGGGCGUCCCCGCCGACGAUUCGCCGUGCAUCGUGCCCGGGGAGCACCCGAAGUGCGGCAGCCCCUUCGACUUCCGGCGCCUGGGCCUGCGGAGCUCGCCAUGCUGA